CACGAGAACGGAACCACAUAGCAACAAGUCAUGUCCACCCACUCCUCGCCCUUCCCUUCUUGCUUCCGCCCUUCCUCCGCCGGCGCCGAGGCGGUGGCGCCUCCUACUCUCCCGCCGCCUCCUCCCCUGCCGCCGGGGAACGACAACGCGAACCUCACCACCUGCCUCUACCACACCCACCUCGGCCUCUUCUCCCUGACCUGGUCCAAGACCCUCUUCGGCCGCUCCCUCCACCUCAGCCUCCAUUCCCACCACGGCUCCGGCUUCUUAGACUACAGCUCGUCGCCUCUCUCCCCUUCGUCUUCCACAUUCUCCUUUCAUCUCCACAUCAAGCCCUUGGUGUUUUGGAAGAAGCAGGGCUCCAAGAAGCUCGAUGCCGACAAAACCGGCACGAGCUCGAGCGUCCGGAUCUUUUGGGACCUCGCGAGGGCCAAGUUCGGGCCCGGGCCGGAGCCCGAAUCCGGGUUCUACAUCGCGGUGGUGGUCGGUGGCGAAAUGGCGCUCCUCGUGGGCGACGCCGCGAAGUCGGCUUACAGCAAGACCAAGGCUCGGAAGUGCCCCGGGGAGGGAGGCCAAGCCCUGUUCUUGAGGAGAGAGCACGUGUUCGGCCACCGGGUGUACGCCACUAGCGCGAGGUUCGGGGGCAAGAACCGGGCGAUCUCGAUCGACUGCAACGUGCACAGCGAGGGGAAGCUGUGCAUCAGCGUGGACAAGAGAAGGGUCCUGCAGGUGAAGAGGUUGAAGUGGAAGUUCAGAGGGAACGAGCGGGUCGAAGUCGACGGAGUCAAUUUCCAAGUCUCGUGGGACGUGUACAACUGGCUGUUCGAGGACGCGAGCGAUUCUCAUGCGGUGUUCAUGUUCAGAUUCGAGAAGCCAUUCAACAAUAACGAGGAGAGGGAAGGAGGCGGCGGCGACGAUGGGGGCAGCGGCAGCGGCGGCGUCAAUGCGGUGAGCGACCUCUUGCUGUGGUCGCAACCUUCGUGCAGCUUCGGGAUGAACGAGAUCGAGCUGAGGAAGAUGAGGAAGAGCAGGCUGCGGAGCGCGAGGAGCUUCUCCUCCUCGUCGAUAUCGUCGUCGGCGUCCUCGGGGGGGAGCUCUUCGGUCAUGGAGUGGGCGAGCGCGGAGGAGAACGAGCUGAGCGGCCCGUUCGUCGGGUUCUCGCUGCUCGUGUACGCUUGGAAGAGAUGACCCAGAUCGAUUCCAUUUCCAUCGAUAGACGUGGAGAUCUCUCUCGGGAGUGCAAGCU